AUGGGCUGUAUUGAGGACUGCUGGGAUCAGGAUGAUCUGAACGGUGUCUACCACUGUCCACUGUGUAGAAAGACCUUUUCCCCGAGGCCUGUUUUGAACAAAAAUACUCUACUGAUUGAAUUGGUGGAGAAACUGAAGAAUACAGGACUCCAUGCGGCUUCUCCUGCUCACUGUUAUGCUGAACCUGGAGAUGUGGAGUGUGAUUUCUGCACUGGGAGAAAACUAAAAUCUGUGAAAUCCUGUCUGGUGUGUCUGGCCUCUUACUGCGAGACUCAUCUACAGCCUCAUUAUGAAGUAGCUCCAUUAAAGAAGCACAAGCUGGUCAAAGCAUCCACACAACUACAUGAGAAGAUCUGCUCUCAUCAUGAUAAACUGCUGGAGGUUUACUGCCGUACUGAUCAGCAGUGUAUCUGUUAUCUUUGUACAGUGGAUGAACAUAAAGGCCAUGAUACAGUGUCAGCUGCAGCAGAAAGAACUGAAAAACAGAAACAGUUGGAUGAGAAACAGCAGAUAUUAAAGCAGAGAAUCCAGAAGACAGAGAUGGGGGUGUUGGGGGCGAGACAGUCUAUACAGUUUGUCAAGAGCUCUGCACAGGCAGCAGUGGAGGACAGUGAGAGGAUCUUUCCUGAGCUUAUCCGCUCCAUUGAGAGAAGGAGCUCUAAGGUGAAGCAGCUGAUCAAAGCCAAGGAGAUGGCUGAAGUCUGUCGGACUGAAGGACACCUGAAGCAACUGGAGCAGGAGGUGGUUGAGGUGAGGAGGAAAGACGCUGAGCUGGAGCAGCUCUCACACACAGAGGAUAACAUCCAUUUCCUCAAGAGUUUCCAGUCUUUCUCUGUCCCGCCGGGAAUUGAGGGCUUACCCAGCACUUUUAACCCUCAUGUCUCCAUUGAGGAUGUCAAGAAGUCACUCUCCGAACUACAAGACCGAAUGGAGAAUGUAUUCAAUGAGGAAAUGGUAAAGAUAUCUAGAAAAGGAGCUUAG